AUGGUGGCCAACCGACCCCAGAAUCGGAAGCACUUCGAACACGACGUGCACGCAGUGCGCGCGGCGCUGCCCCAGGGGCUCCCGUCGCUGCGCGCUCCGCAGGCUGGCGCCCCUGCGGCCACGGGCCACGGGGGCGGCGCGUUCCAGUUCCCGAGCGGACUGCCCCACCUCCUCCCCAGCGGCGGCGCGCAACCCGGCGCGGCGUCGCCCGCCGCCGCUGCAGGCGCGGCCGGGUCCGUGGCUGAAGCGGCGCCCGCCGCCGCGGCCGCCGCCGCGGAAGCGGCAGGGUCUGCGGGCGCCGCGGCGCUGGCCGCCGCUGCCGGCAGCGCCGCCGCGUUGGCCAGCCCCUUCGGUCAGGCGGCCGUGCCCGGCAUGCAGAGGAUCACCAUCGAGCAGAUGGAGGGGCCGUCCUUGGGCUUGAAGCUGAAGGACAGGGUCAUCACUGGCCUCCAAGACCCGGGCGCCGGCAAGCUCGGCUUCAAGGUAGGCCAGCGGAUCGAGGCCGUCAACGGGACCGCGGUGUGCAACAACGACCAGUUGCUGACCGAGAUCCGCAGGGUAAUGGGGCCGUUCAAAGCCUCGGGGACGCCCAUGUACUUCGACGUGAGCGAGGACGCCGCCGCGAGCGGCACCCCAGAGCAGGCAGCAGCGGCGCCUCCGGCAGGGCCGCCCGAAAAGCGCCCCCUGCGGAGGAGGCACCUGUGCUGCUGA